CUGUUCGGCUCCAGCUCCCUGUCCAUCACUCCCCCCGACUCUGUCAUGGACCCCCAGGCUGAGUGACAGUAUCACUGUAUUUCAGGAGAAUGAUGAUCACACUAAACAUGUAUCUUCUGUUAUGAACUUUACUGCCUCAGAUCUCCACCAUAAGCAGGAAGUGAAAUGUACAGCAGUUUAUAGCCAUCAAGCCAACAACAGUGAGAGGACAUCCUACACAAAUGUGAUUCUCAAUGUUCAGUAUUCUCCUAAAAACACUUCGGUGUUAAUUGGAAAAGACAGGAGUCUAACCUGCAGCAGUGAUGCCAACCCAGCAGUGAACAAUUACACCUGGUAUAAAGUGAAUGGGAGUGAAAUUAAAGUUGUUUCACACAGACAGAACCUCACCUGUAAUAUCGCUGAGGUCAGUGGACAGUAUUACUGUCAGGCUCAGAAUAAACACGGCCUGCAGAAUUCAAGCACUGUGCAGGUCCACUGUGAAUCUGUCAAAGCUCCGCCCACUUUGAUUGGCGCUGCAGCAGGGGCUGCUGGGAUGAUUCUCACCUGCAUCUUACUGACAAUUAUUCUCAAGAAAAGCUGCAGCAGGCAGAAUCAUGGCAGUAAGACACAGGAAACAGGAGAAUUAACACCGACAAACCAGUGUGAAAAUGACAGUCCUGAGCUGCUCUAUGCCAGCAUUGACCACAGCGGAUUGACUGAACAGGGAACAGGAACCAUCCGAGGGAGCUCACAGAGCACUGAGUACGCAGAGGUCAAGCUUAAUACUCGGAAAGAGCAGGGAGGCACAGAGGAGAAGUCUGAGGCCCAGCAAGAACAGGAGCAGUAUGUCAGUGUCUUGGGGGUCAAGCCUGAACCCAGUGAUAAGAGGAAGGAAUCCCAGGAACCUGGUAGUGGGGAUGUGUCUGGAUGUGGCUUCAGAGCCCCGGAAUCUACAGAGACCCAGAAGAGGAAAACUGAAAUUGGGGUGAAACAAGAGACCGUGGAGGACAGGAAGAGCUCAGGGCUGGAUGAUCUGCUUUACACACCUGAACCAAAGGAGGAAGCAACAUAUGCGAACAUCUGCCGUCAGCUGGGCACCGAAGGUCCAGAUAAGAGGUCUGCUACAGUGGGAGCUUCUGGAAAUAAGCGGCAAAGAGGUGGAGAUCAACAAGAGCAUCAUGCUGCCAAAUUUUACCCACUGAUCUCAGAAGAAAAGAGCACAAAUGAGUGUGAGUAUGCAGUGGUGAGGAAGUUCUAAAGUGCUCAGUAGGAAAGGCACCUCUAUAGCGUGAAGUGUUAGUGCUGCCUGAGAGAGAUAAGCCUAAUGUAUGUCUCCUGAAAAAUAAUAGGAGGAGCUAUUCAUCGUAAAUAAGCAUGCUGGGUAUUGCAGUCAAAAUACGUGCAGGCAGAAUGCAGAAUGUGAGUGUUUCAGCUUCAGAAGCCGUCUGAUCCGUAGUUGUGUUUGAGUGUUUUCUGCUGAUUUAGGAAAGUGGGGGCUGUAUUGAGGAUUUUUGGGGGGGGGCUGAUUUUAUUACAAGAGCUCAUUUAAAUGGGUAAAGGGGAAACGGAACGGGGUCGAGAGAGGGGUGUGUGAAGGAAGAGGGGGCAACUUCCCAGCUACAGCCAACGUUAACAAAGCCGGACUUGGGCUUCAUAAAGGUCAGCGACAGUCCUCCUGCAGGAGCUCAGUAGCUGUGAGUAGGGUUAUGGGCUUCAUAAAGGUCAGCGACAGUCCUCCUGCAGGAAGGAGCUCAGUAGCUGUGAGCAGGGCUAUGGGCUUCAUAAAGGUCAGCGGGGGGGGGGAAGUUUGUGUAAAGGACGACUAUAUAUUUUUGCAAAGUGAAUUGUCUUUGUUAUUUGGUGUCAUAAUAAACAAUGUCAAAUUUGAUCUCAGUCUUCAUUGUUACUGAGAAGGGAGCUGGGUUCAGUGUGUUCUGGUCUUGGUGGUGGUACACCUGUUCUCUGCCUUCCCAGGAACCGCCCUCUGACCCAGUUGGUCUCCUUUACUGGGUGCUUUCUGCUGUACUGGCAGCAAAGCAUCACUGUCGAAAUUACCUUGCUAAUGAUCUCAUUAGAUGAAAUUACACAUUGCUUGUCAAUAAACUGCCUUCUGUUAAUUAUUGUAUGAGGAAUCUGUUUAUUUUGCACUCAACUUUAUCAAUAUUUUACUUUGGAGUUGAACAGUUUUACAUGAACAGUACUGCAUUAAUAAUCCUGCUAUAUUAAAUAAAAUGUUUUUUUUGUUUUUUUUUUACUUCAAGGAAAUUUGUAUUUGUUAAAAUAUUGGACUUCCUGCGCUACUUUGCAUAAAUUGUAUUCCAAGACCUAACAAUCUUUUAAUUUCAAAUAUGAAAAUUAUUAUUAUUUUUUUUUAAUGAAGGGUACUGUAUAUAUUGUCAUUAAUAUCCACAGCUGUUGUAGAUGUCAUGCCAGAUGUUAGGUCAGAGAUGAACCUUCACACUUUUGUGUAUCCCUACGUAAAGAUCAGCCGGCUGCCUCAACUCAAUCUGCUGAAAUGCUGCCACCUAGUGGAAAUUAUGUGCCGGUUUAAUUCAAUUUCAAGGAAUUGGAAAAAAAAAAUGAAAAACAACUUCUCGACUUGUGUUUUAAAAUUCUGUUGUCGUAAUAUGUAAUCAAAACUGUUUCUGCUGUGAUAUAAAGGAAAUUUAUUUUUUUAUUAUUUUGGCAGACACAACUUUUUAUACUGAAGCUUAUGAGUCACCUGAAUUAUGACUUAUUGUCAGUCAUUAUACAGUUACAUGUUCUAGGUGUUCAGCUUAUGUGUCCAUCAUUUGUAUACAUGAUUCUUUUCAUGUGUAGGUCUACACAUGUUUUUGUUUUAUUAAAAUCUGUGAAUGCAAUAAAACUUUUGGCAAGUUCAGUUUCAA